UGCCAAAUAUUUACACCUAAAUAUUGUGGUACUUUUUAUAACAAGCUUAACGCAAACGUGUGUUUGCAUGGAGACGAUAGGGGCUGAAUUGUUUAUGUGGGAUCUGCAUUGAGUUUGCCAAGCAAAUACAGCUAAUCAUAAAUGUUAAAAACAUCUGUACUGGUGGACAACCGCGUUUCCACGAUAACGUGUUACUUGACAUGUUCAGCUUUUUUCCGUCAUGUACAAGCGACAAGCUGUAACUCUGCGCAUGAGAAAGGGGAAGAAAGAAGGCAAACUGGAGUCUAAACUGGAUAAAGAGUCCGACAUGGAGAGAGCCAAAGCCAACGCAGCCCUGUGGGAGGCCAAGCUGGAGGUGACGGAGUGUUCACGGGUUGAAUAUCGCGAAGCGGCCCGCAGAUUGGCCAGGACCAACGAAGAGCUCACCAACCAGCAGUACAGAACCGAGAAGGACAACAUCGACAUAAUUUCUUUCCUGAAUAAGAGAGACCUAGAAAAAGAAGCAAAGAUUGCUGCACUGGAAGAAGAGCUAAAAGACCAGAAGUCAAAAGCUUUACAGGAAAAAGAGUUUGUAGUUGCAGAAUAUACCCUGAAGAUUAAUGAGCUGGAAGAGUUGUUUAAGAAGAGGUCCAGUGACUUCCGCAUGAUUCAAAGCGAACUGAAGACCAUUAAGGAGUUCCGCAAGAAGAAGGCCCAGAUGGAACAAGACCUUAGCAAUAUGAAAGAGAGUAUGUACCUUGCUGAUCGUGAACACAGGGAUAAUCUUGCAAGAAUGGAGCACAAGUUUUUCAGUGAGAAGGCUCGUUUAGAAAAGGAAGCGGAACAGAGAAUUGCCCAGCUAGCAGAGAAAGCCCAUAAUGCAGCGAUUGUGCAGCUAGACGAUGCGACCCGCUCGGUGUUCAAGGAGAAUGUGCGUUUAAAUGAAGCGCUGGGGUACCACCUGAAAGAGGUGGAGGAGCUGAGAAAGACCAAUGAGGCCCUGGCCGAAGAGAACGCCUCCCUCGUCCUGCAACAGGAGACGUGUGAGCUGAUGAUGAAAGAGAACGUGGCCCAGUUGGCGGCACAGCGGAGCGAGAUCUCUGAGCUCAGGGCCAAGGUGGCCACACUGGAGCAGGCCCUGGGCAUCAUGGCUGCUGAGUUUGAGCAGGAGAAGACAGUUGUGCAGGAGCGGGCUGUGGUCAGCACUCAAGCCAGCAGUGUGGAGCUGGAAAAGCUCCAGAAGCUCCUGUCCAUGCGGGAGCGCGAGAUGAGUCGAGUGAAGCGGCUGGCUCGUGGAGUUGUGGAGCAGCGCACUGAGCUCGAGCUCUUCUUUCAUGAGGCUCUGGCUCAGGUCAAGCAAGAGAUCAUAGCCAGUCAGCUUCAGUACAGACAAGAGGCAAUGGUGGCGUAUCGCAGACGAUUGACUGAUGCCCGAGCUGGAAGGACAGAGUAUCCACCCAUACGCAACUUUAACAAGGCUCCUCACAGCACAAACAAUGUUUACACUGACCUGGAAGAGGCUGAGAAAUGGAGCAACCUGCAGAGCUCUAAAGUUGACAUCUCAGAGCUGACCUGGGAGCAGAAGGAGCGAGUGUUGCGACUGCUCUUUGCUAAAAUUAACAGCUUAAAAAUAAGGAGAGCAGCCGAGCCUCCAGCUCUGACAGCAUCCUCUUUGAGGGACCGCCGUGGCAGCGAUCUAGGGGCCACAGAGGGAGAAUCUCAUGUGACCUUCAUAACCCAGGUGGCAGUGUCCAACAUGACUUCCAAUCCAAGUGGCCUGCCAGACCUACAGACCACCUGAGAGUCAGUGAUAUAAAACCACAAUCACAACCAUGUACCCCAGCAUGUAAUCAUGAUCUCCAUCUACGCAGUCUUUAGUGCUCAUUCAGUGCUCCCAACGAAACCAAGUAUCUACAAUGCAUUGUGCAGUGACCCAACCUGAGACAGGGCCAUUAGUAACAUCUCGGACUAAAUUUAAGAAUAGAAUUGAGUUUGACGAGUGAAAUAAACAUAAAAAUGUGUUAACUGA